GUGAGCCAUGACAAGGCUGAGGCCAGAGCUGGCUGCAGGGCACUCUGCUCCCUGACUGCCUGACUGCUGUAAGGACACCGACCACUCAGCUCUCAGCUUCCUGACAAAGGUGUCAUCUUGAGGGUCUGACACUCCCUCUGCCCACUGUGGUCCCAUCUCUCAGGAUGAUCCCCAAGGAGCAGAAGGAGCCAGUGAUGGCUGCCGUGGGGGACCAAGCGGGACCAGUCCCUUUGCUGGAUCUGGGCAAGAAGCUGAGUGUGCCCCAGGAUUUGAUGAUGGAGGAGCUAUCCCUACGUAACAACAAGAGGAUCCUCCUCUUCCAGAAGAGGCAACGCCGCGUGCAGAAAUUCAUUGAGUUGGCAGCCAGCCAGCGGGCGGUUGCCAACGGCCCGGAGGAGAGCUACGGCUCCCACUCCACACCUUCCAUACUUCUCCCGGGGUCCCCGAGGACGCCCAGCCCGCAGCUUCCCAGGCGGAGCGCGUCCGCAGCGCCAGCGCCCUGGCGCCAGGCUAUGCCGAGCCACUCAAGAGCGUCCCGCCGGAGAAGUUCAACCACACGGUCAUCCCCAAGGGCUACCGCUCCCCGUGGCAGGAUUUCAUCAGCUACCGGGACUACCAGAGCGAUGGCCGAAGUCACACCCCUAGCCCCGCUGAGUACCGAAAUUUCAACAAGACCCCCGGUGCCCUUUGGAGGAGCCCUGGUGGGGGAAACCAUGCCCAGGGCAGGCACCCCCUUUGUCCCGGAGCUCAUCAGUGGCUUGGAACUCCUCCGCCUCAGACCUAACUUCAACAGAGUGGCCCAGGGCUGGGUCCGCAACCUCCCGGAGUCUGAGGAGCUGUAACCCCAGCCUGAAUCUUCAAUUCCCCGAUCGCAGACUUCGGGGAACAUCUGGAGCCAAGACUUGUGAACAGCACUUCACAGUAUAUGAAGGGCCUUCACACACAAAACCUAUUGCAAGUGGCCUCAAAGGUCACAAAGUUCAGUAGUCCUUAAAUGUGGUGUUUAGAAAGCUUUUCCUUUUACUGAGAUGCAGCUGGUCUUUAUCUAUUCAUGCUCUAAACAUUUACUAAGAACCUACUAUGUGCUAGACACUGUGACAGGGAGGGGCCCAGGCCCUGGCCUAGAGUAGGAAAAGACAGCAGGGCAGAUUUGUAAAGCAGUCAAUUACCUUAAUUUUCCCUACAGCAUGCUAACUGGCAACUGAGGAACAAAGUGCUGUGAGGCAGAGGAGGGGGUCUGUAACCCGGGGUGUGGGGUUGGGAUCCCAGGAAGCUUCCCAGAGGAGUAAGAGUCCGUCAAGGGAAGAGCGUGUGAUGGGGAGGGCAUUCCUAGUGAGUCAAGCCGUGUGUGCGGGGAAGAUGCCGAGCGUAGGUGCAGGGAUGCUGGAGAAGGCAGGCGGCUGUGGGAGAGGAGUCGGGGACUGCAGAGGGCCAGGUUGGGUGGGCUGCACUGAGACGAUUGACGAAAUUCUUAAGCUGGGGAGUGAAGGGUCUGUUUAGUUGCUAUGUGGGGCAGAUUGGAAAGUAAGGCAGGAAGCCAGGAAGCCUUGAAGGAACAGGCUUGGGCAUGGGGAUGGAAAGACUGCGCACCCUCUUCUGGAGGAAGGCCUCGGCCUGGGUGUUGGAUUCAACUGCAGGCGGCUUCCUCAGUCUGAUGCUAUUUCUGAAAAAUGCUCCUCUGGCUUGGACUGCAUUUGGUGUGGAAGUGCAGGGUCCAGACAGAAGAGGGCAGAGGCAAAGGGGGGCACUUAUAAAGAACCUUCCCACCUCCUUCUGCCUGCCGUUCUGAGCAGGCCCUGAAGUAGAGCUUGCCCUAGUCCUCAGGAGUAGUUCGGGGCUCUACUCCAGCUCCCUAGGAAGAGGAGAGAAAGGAACGCCUCUCAGUGCCGGUGGUGAUG